AUGUAUGGCUCUGAAUCAGUGCUCUCCUGCUGGUGCCACUGCCCGUUCUGGGCCUGGACAGCGGACUCGGGCAAGCUGCUCCUCGUGCUCCAGAGUCGUACUGCUCCAGGCCAAAGAUGGGAUGUCCCCGCCAUUCUUUGGUGGGCAGAUACUCCAGAGCUCGAGCAAUCUUCUCUGCUGGGGAGCAUCAGCUACCUUGAAGAGCUGAAGCUGGGAGGGUGUCAGGGUCUGAGGAUCGAUGCCGUGGAUCCGGAGAAUGUGUUCAGAGGCUGCGUUGUCGCCGUGCGGUGGCACAGAGGCCGACCUCGGGAUGUCCUCUCGGUUUGA